GUCAAAACGGCGAUGAUUCAUUAGGAAAAAACGGUGCAAUAAGCAAAAAACAAAGGAAAGCACGAACCGCGUUCACAGAUCUCCAGUUACAAACUUUGGAAAAGAGUUUCGAGAGGCAGAAAUACUUAAGUGUGCAAGAUAGGAUGGAAUUGGCCGCCAAACUUAGUUUAACUGACACUCAAGUGAAAACGUGGUACCAAAAUAGGAGGACGAAAUGGAAGAGACAGACAGCCGUCGGUCUGGAACUCUUAGCGGAAGCUGGAAAUUACGCAGCGUUCCAAAGACUUUACGGUGCCCCUGCCUACGGUUGCUGGUAUCCUCCGCAACCUGCUGGACCUCCAGCUGCUCCCAGCGCAGCAGAUAUGUACUACAGGCAAGCAGCGGCGGCCGCAGCAGCAACCCUUCAGAAACCCCUACCUUACCGGCUCUACCCCCCUGGAAUAGGACUCGGAAUACCUGGACCCAGUGCACAUUUAGGUUCUUUAGCUGCCAGUAGUUCCCUUAGCACGCUUAGCAGUUACUACUCCAGCCCAAGCCACGACGGUCCCUCUCCGAGGUCACCAAGUCCUGACAUCCCUCUAGAUCCGGGAUCGCCAGGUACGGGUGGCAGAAGAUCUCCCUCCGAAGACGAAGACACCAUUCAUGUCUGAGAGUGAUCAGACGAUGUUACAUUGUGAUAUAAAGUGUACUAUAGCAGACCCUGUUAAUUUAUUGGCGCUUUUAAGUGUUGUGUAGAGUUAUAAGGGAUGUAUGGACGAUGUUUUGUAAUUACUAGAGAUAUGUCGUCGUUCACUGUGAAUUUUCCUAGAGUGGUCAUAUUUCAGUCUUUGGGAGCUCUUUAUCUCUGCGUUGAUCUGGAAGAAAUGUACAAUAAUUUUUUUGAAUAAUAAACUUCCUUACAUAAUCGUGGAGAAUAAUGUGCAGAUAUGAACCUUCAAGCCAAUCUACUCGAUGAAACAAAUUUUUUCUAGGAUAUAUUUCAAAUGAAGGUCAUAUAUAUUUUGUUUACUUCAUGAAACAUAUGAUGAAAUCCAAUGGAGGAUCAAAAUCAAAUCCUGUCAAGACGUAAUCAAUAGGAUUUCACUGUCACUUCAAAAAAUGAACUGACGGCUCCUCAAGACUGAAGUAGAAACACCAACAUUGUGUAUUAUAAGAGUACGGAAGACGUACGUUGUAAAUGGUUUUUAAUUCUUGAUUGCACAUGUGAUGUAAUCGAUAUUCCCUCCUUCUGUUCAUUUCAGCUCUAUGAGUAUGUUUAUCCAUGUUAAAAUUAGAAAAUAUAGAAUAAA